AUGUGUGCUGUUCAGCACCAGACGUGCGUCUUUUCGGUUGUUCAAGACGCCGCGUUGCAGCACAAAAGCCUACUGCGCUUUCAGACAUUGAUGAUGACUCGCCCAUUCUCUUCUGCUGCUGUUGCUGAGUCGGUGCCUGUUCCAUCCAUGGGUGACUCUAUCUCAGAGGGUACAGUGGUUGAAUGGCUGAAAGCCCCCGGUGACUUUGUCGAGACGGAUGAGGUGGUUGUAGUCUUGGAGACUGACAAGGUCAGUGUCGACGUGCGCGCGCCGUUCUCAGGCGUUCUGGAGGCUCAGCUGGCUCAGAUCGAUGAGAACGUACUAGUUGGUGCACCACUUUUUAGCGUCGUGAAACAAGCUGCUGGGAGCGCACCGGCAGCUACAACCCCGAAGGCAACCUCUGCUGAGUUUACUUCAGUAAACGAGGCUGCCCCUACUGGAGAGGAGGACCUUGAGACUAUUAACGUGCCGUCAAUGGGCGAUUCGAUUUCGGAAGGCACCAUUGUGACCAUUCUGAAGAACGUCGGUGACUAUGUGCGUGCCGACGAGGCUGUACUUGUUGUAGAGACGGACAAGGUAAGCGUGGAUGUGAACGCCCCAGUUUCCGGAAAAAUCACAAGCUUGCUGGCAAAACUUGAGGACGUUGUAGAAGUAGGAUCGCCCCUUAUUGUGAUCGAUAAGGCGGCUCUUGCGCCGACUGAGUCUGCGACGCCGGCGCUUAAACCUGCACCUGUUGCACCUGGCGCACCUGCUCCGAAGGCUUUGGCACCCCCCGCCGCAGCCUUCAACACCCGCCCCGGCUGCACCUGUGGCACCUGCCAUGGGCAGAGACUUAAGGAUACGCAAAACAGCGCCGCCAUGCUGUCUACAUUCCAAGAAUGUGACCUGAGCAAUCUGAUUGCUCUACGCGAAGAGCUGGGUGAGAGUUUCGAGAAGACUCAUGGUGUGAAGAUUGGCAUCAUGUCAUCUUUUCUCAAGGCGAGUGCACAAGCGCUCCUGCGCAUUCCUGCGGCAAACUCAUACAUCGACAUGGAUGCCAAGGAAGUCGUUUACAAUGAUUUCGUGGACAUCAAUGUGGCUGUAGCCUCGGAGCGUGGGGUUGUAAUGCCUGUCAUCCGUAAUGUUGAAAAGCUGAGCUUGGUGGACAUUGAGAAGACGCUGGCUACUUUAGGUAAGCAGGCACGGGACGGCACUUUGGCGCUGGAGGACUUGGCGGGUGGGACCUUCACUGUUUCAAACAGCGGCGUGAAUGGAGCGCUGUUGAGCACGUCGAUGCUGACGGCACCGCAGUCUGCGGUUCUGAGCGUGCAUAGUGUGAAGAUGCGCCCAACGGUGCACGCGGGCAAGGUGAUGCCGCGCCCCAUGAUGUUCCUUUCUUUAACGUAUGACCACCGCAUCAUUGAUGGACGAGAAGGUGUGACUCUACUAAAGACAAUCGCUGAGACCAUCAGUGACCCGCGUCGCCUGCUUUUGGACAUUUAG